AAGAAGAAACUGGCAGGUGGAAAAGUGGAAGAAGCUGGAAGACCAGGGUGUUGAGGGGAGCCCCCCGGGCGUCGGCUCUCCGGGCUAGCUGGCGUCUGGAACCCGCCCUGGAGCUGCGCCCCAAGCUGCAGCGCGCAUUCAGCUCGCCCGCCCAGGAGCAGCCGGGACGCGCCGCUGUCUCCCGCGCACGAUCGCGGUGGGCUGGGGACCGGAGCCCCUGAGCUUCGCUAGGGGGAGGCCGAAUUGAAAUGGAAUUUUACUGUGAACAGCUCACCAACUUCUACCAAGAUCAGGAAGUGAAGUGAGAAUGAAGACCAACAGUUGAACCCAUCACACCAAGGUUUUUAUUUUUGAACUCUAUUAACAUUUUAAACAAAAAGAAAUGGAUUUUUUAAAUUCAUCAGAUCAAAACUUGACCUCAGGGGAACAGUUAAACCGAAUGCCAUCCAAAAUUUUAGUAUCCCUCACUCUGUCCGGGCUGGCAUUGAUGACCACCACUAUCAACUCCCUCGUGAUUGCUGCAAUCAUUGUGACUCGGAAGCUGCACCACCCAGCCAACUAUUUAAUUUGUUCCCUGGCAGUUACAGAUUUUCUUGUAGCUGUCCUGGUGAUGCCCUUCAGUAUUGUGUACAUUGUGAAAGAAAGAUGGAUUAUGGGACCAAUACUCUGUGACAUUUGGCUGAGCAUUGACAUCAUCUGUUGUACUUGUUCCAUCUUGCAUCUAUCGGUUAUAGCCUUGGAUAGGUACCGAGCAAUCACAGAUGCUGUUGAAUAUGCCAGGAAGAGGACUCCCAAGAAUGCUGGCAUCAUGAUCACAAUAGUGUGGGUUAUAUCUGUGUUCAUCUCUAUGCCUCCUCUCUUCUGGAGGCAACAAGGAACUAGCCGGGUUAAUGAAUGCGUCAUCAAGCACGACCACAUUGCUUCCACAAUUUACUCCACGUUUGGAGCUUUCUACAUCCCACUAGUAUUGAUAUUGAUCCUCUACUACAAAAUAUACAGGGCAGCAAGGACACUGUACCACAAGCGACAAGCAAGUCGUAUGAUGAAGGAGGAGCUGAAUGGCCAAGUUCUUUUGGAGAGUGGUGAGAAGAGCAUUAAGAUGGUCUCUGCAUCCUAUAUGCUAGAGAAAUCCUUAUCUGAUCCAUCAACAGACUUCGAUAGACUCCAAAGCAUAGCGAAAAGUCCCAGGUCUGAGUUGAAGCAUGAGAAAUCUUGGAGGAGACAGAAAAUCUCAGGCACUAGGGAACGCAAGGCAGCCACUACCCUGGGCUUGAUCUUGGGUGCAUUUGUAAUAUGUUGGCUGCCUUUUUUUGUAAAAGAACUGGUUGUUAAUGUCUGUGACAAAUGUAAACUCUCUGACGAAGUGUCAAAUUUUUUGACAUGGCUUGGUUACCUGAAUUCCCUUAUAAAUCCACUGAUUUAUACAAUUUUCAACGAAGACUUCAAGAAAGCCUUCCAAAAACUUGUACGAUGUCGAUGUUAGGUUAAAGGCGGUCUAUUUUUAAAGGUAGAGGCUUUAUUUAUUACGGGAUAACUAAAUGAAUGUAAUGUAAUAAAAUAUUUAAAUUUUUAGAGAAACUAUAUUAAAGCUGCUACAAUUAUAAAAGCAUAAAUUUAUUUUAAUAGUACCAAGAAAAUAAGAUUAUUAAUUUGACCAUCAUUCUAGUGUUAUCAAAAUUAAAGGAUAAUUUAUGCAACUUAUAAAUAAUCUUUUGUCUAUGCAAUAUACUCAAAAAGAUAGCUGUAAAACUGUAUAUUCAAACUACUAAUUACUAUGCUCUGGUUUAUACCUUACAACAGCUACAGUAAUUUUCAACUAACAUACUUCCAGCAAAAAUUUCUGUAUCACCCCAUUGCUUAACUCAAUUUACAGAAGAAAUAUUGUUCAAUGUAUCACCUCUCUUGCCCUUCCUCCAUUUUAUUCUUUGCAAAAGGUGAAGAGAAGGCAACAACAGCUCUUAUUUAACCUGAGAAUAGAGUAGACAUGAAGCUCAGUGGACUUGAUAUUGUCUUCAUACUUGGACAGCAGAAAUAAUCAGAGAGUGGGCUAAGUACAGUCAAAUAUUUCUGAGCUUCUGUAUAUUUGCUAUCCUCACUUUGUUUAAAAUCAGCUUCGAGAAUAAUAUUAUCUUAAUCAUGUAAUAUCAGUAUUUUAAAUCAAAGCCCCAGGGGGAAGGGGGAAGCUUUAUUAUACAAUUGCUGUAUAAUUGUUACAUGCAUUGUCCCUUGAUUAGAAGUAAAACCUUAAGCCUAAGUACCCUAAGUUUCUCACCAUAGCUAUAAUACUUCUAAUAUAAAAUUUAUUUUCUCUCUACUAAUGUUAGUAGCCCAGUUUUUCACAAUUCAUCUCCAUACCUUAAGAUUCAAACACUAUUUUCUUUUUAUUGUAGAGAAUAUAAUGGGAAAUAUUAAAUAUUUUAAACUUUGCUUUGACAACAAAAAGUCUGUUUUUCCUUUAUAAUUAGGAUAAAUUUUAUAAAUCAAG